AUGCUUGAGAUUCUUAACGGGGGCGAUCUAGGGAAAGACUUGGCAAGUGACAUUUUUGGCUCCAUUGACAGCACUCGGUAUGCGGAAGAAAUAUCGUCGGAAGACUGGUUCAAGCUUGCUUUAUCUCUUCUGACACAAGGAGCUGCGGGUGAUGUUGUUCACGAGGCCUUGGUUAAUCGAGUGGAAGCGAGGGAUCUCAAAAGCGUCAUAUUGCUCCUUGAUUCCGGUGCGUCGGUGGAUUAUGAAGGUGGAAAUGUAUUGGUCAUGGCAGUUUUGCUUGAAGAGUUGGAUUAUCUCGUACAGCUCCUUCAUCGAAAGCCUAGCAUCGAGUCAGUCAACACAGCCUUUGCCCACCUUUCCAAUAUCUCCCAUCAUGUACGGUUGCACAUGACCUGCAGACUCCUCGAGGCUGGAGCAACCGGAGCUUGCGUGGAUGCAGUUUUGAAUAUAGCCGUGAACCUACCUACCUGUCAACGAAAUCAUACGUAUAUUGAAGCUCUAGUUAACGGUGGAGCUGAUGUUGGCCAGAAAGAGGGCUCUUUGUUCCACGAAGCGGUCCGGGACGGAGAUGACAAAACCCUUGGGAUUUUACUGGGCGGCAAAUUCCCGACUGCUAUUCUUUUUACAUGUAUUCCCCUUGCUAUGAAUCUUGAUGACCGAUGGCGGUACAAGAUACUGGAGAUUCUGCUCGAAAAUGGCGCCAAAGGCGGUCCUGUAAUCGGUCAGGCUCUGGUUGACAGCAUCGACGAAACGAAAACCUCAUCGAUCCAGGUGACUGAGCUGUUAUUGAAAACUGGAGCCGCAAGCACUGCCUUUAAUAAAGGAGAGGCGUUCAGAAAAGCGACAUUGUGCCGAAAUCUGGCAUUUCUCAAGCGUUUGCUUCAAUUCAACCAUCUCGACGAGUCGGAAUUCUGUUCAUGCCUCUUGGUCACUAUAGGCCUCCCUAGGGACCAUGUCAGACAAGAAAAGGUCAAGCUCUUCCUCGCCAUUGGCGUUGUCAUGUCAAGCGAAUAUUGGAUUGCAUCUCUGAACCACGAGAUGCAAUGCAUGAGGCAGGAUGACAAAGAAACAUUAGUGGUGAUCAGACUUCUCCUCGACGCAGGAGCCAAUGUCAAUCAUAAUCAGGGAGAAGUUCUCUGCAAUGCGAUAGACAUGGGAUACCCCGAGUGCUUCAAAUUAUAUCUCCGUUGCAAGCUUCUCAUUCCAUCACACGAGGUAGCAUUCACCAAGGCAUUUUCGCAUGCCAUGAAGACUACCGAUUUGCGUUAUAUGAAACAAGUCCUCAAGCUAGGCACUCAAGCAUCACUCCUCAAUGGCGCAUUGCUCACUGCCACGGAAGGUGGAGAGCAAAUGAGAGACAUCUGUGAGCUUUUGCUCCAGUGCCAUGCCUCUCCCAGUCAUGGGAGGGGUGCCCCACUGUGCAAUGCAAUCAAGUCCACAAACUAUCAAGUCAGCAUCAUUAAGCUGCUAUUGGAUUUUCAGCCAUCGAGCGAAGCUAUUGCAGCCGCCCUGGACUGUGCGUUUGAUGCCCUUGGAAGCGAAAAACGGCUUGCAGCUAUGAACCUUCUCCUUACUUCAGCAAAGCCAGAAGCAACACUGAACGAGUUGCUCUUGAAAGCUGUACAAGAGCCGUCGUGUGACCGUCACCUACUCAAAUCCCUCCUUCGAGCCGGUGCAUCAGUAUUAUACCAAGAUGGCAAAUGCAUCCUUCAUGCAGCAAUGAAGAAUGACGUUAAAUCCUUGAGAAUACUAUGGCGAUAUUUCCGCGAUCAAUCGGCCAUAAUCUCACGGGUAUUUGAACGUGCGUGGAUGGAGGGAGCCAGAGCCGAACUCCAGGAAGCCGCCCUCUCCUUCCUUCUGGAAGCAGGAGCAACGGGUAAAUGCCUAAAUGUUGCACUGGUAGAUACAAUCGAGGCAUUCGAAUCCUCGCCAAGCUCUCUCGCAUUAGUUACCAACCUUCUGAGCGCGGGCGCUGAUGUCAACUAUGAUAAUGGUGUCAGCCUUGUAAAGGCGGCGGCAAAGGGGAACUUCUUUGUGCUUAAGGAACUUUUUGCCCAUUGCCCACACCCUGACCAUAUGACGCUGGCAUUCCCCAAUAUCUUUGCCUCCGGUGUGUCCAGCCUGAUGAUCCACGACCUUGUCGUGGCGUUUUGCUCUCAUCCGUCUCCGCCAAGUCUUACCAACACCCCCCAUCCCAUUCUUCUUCUGUUGCUGCAGAACUAUUCUCAGGAAAAAGAGCUUGUGAAAUAUUUGAUAGACGCAGGUUGCCCUGUUGAUCCACCGGUGAAGACGGAAGGGGGAACAUAUUUGUCAUUGUUACAUUGGGCGCUCAUAGAAGAGAGGGACAAGAUUUCCAACAAAGUCUUUGACAUUCUGCUGGACGCUGGAGCAAAUCCAAACCGCAAGACUGCGUCCGGUCUCACACCUCUUGAAAUUGCAAUUUCGAUACCACGACGUGGAGUCGUUGCAAGUCUACUACGCCAUAAAGCUGACGCUACAGUGACGACAGGGGCAAUUAAUCCACGCUCCAUGCUCUUCCUUGCCGUAACCACAGGGGACAGCGAGAUUGUACGGUCGGUCAUGCUAGCUAGCACGAUGGUGCGCGAUGGGGCACUCCAUGAAGCCGCCAGAGAGGUGAACGUCAAAAUCAUUGAAGUUCUAGUAAGAGAGGGAAAGCAAAGAGACUACGCCUACUCUGGCUGCAAUGGCCGCACAGCAUUGGCUGAGCUUUGCCUGAGAGCAGACGGAAACGAACCGGUCUAUAAGCUUAAGCGGGCAAUGACACUUCUGAAAGAUGACCGCAACUUCAAAAUGAGAUCACACGGAAAGUCUGCCCUUCAUUUGGCACUAGACAACCCGCGGAACACACCAUCCGUGACACAGGCUCUUCUCGACAGCUUCAUGGCAGACUACGUCAACGACGACGUUAAUAUUUACGAAGAAAACGGACUCCUAUACUCGCCUCUAGCCUACGUCGCGAAGCAUCGGAACAAGGCACCCUCGAUCUAUGAUGAAUCUCUACUGCGGCUUCUCACCCAGUUCGGGUGUAGGAACAGGUUUUGGGCCCGAGCAGGACAUCCGCAGCCCGCUGACGUGAUGGAUCCCCCAAAUGAUAUUUACCAAAUUAUAAGCGAUCAGAAGAGCAAUGAACGGAUGCUGGCACGCAUCCGCUGCCAGUCUGAUGAGGCGCAAGUCGGCAUAGCAAAGCGGCACGAGCUGAUACUCAAGAAUGAACAGAAUGCAGCCGAUCAGAGAGCAAAGUUAGAGAAAGAAGCCGAGGCACGCUACAUCUCCAUAGCGAAUAGUCGACAUGCUGCAGAGCGUGCACAUCUGGAACAGCUAGCUCAGGUAGCUCAGCUGGCUAAUGCAGGCCACCGGAGCUCUGUCUACCUUAAACUGGAAGAUCCACUGGCCCAGUACGCCAAAUUGGAUCUCAAAAGGCAGGACGCUGAGCUAGACCACCUUAGAAAACAGCAAGCGUUGAUCACGGCCGGCUAUAAAGAGCGGGCGGAGAUCGAAAAAAAGAAUCGCGAGGCUAACGCGCUCGAGAUGCGACGUCUCCGAGAGCUCUGGUUUGAGAUUGACCCAUGGGACUAG